AUGAGUGAGAUAAAUUUUGAACUAAUUGAUUAAAGGAUAUUUAAGAUUUAUUUCUAUCAAGGUAAUAAGUUUAAAUUUUCAUCAAAUUAGUUUUGGCCAAUAAAUCAAAGGAUACAAUCCAAUAUUAACAUUUACUGUAUCAUAAUUUCAUGUAACCUUAAAAAUGCUUAUUCAUUUUGGGCACAACAAGUAUAUAAAUUUUUAAGAAUAAGUCAAUUAAAAUGUAGUUUAUAUUAAAAUUAAUUGAUAGCUUUUUUGUAAGGAAUAAAUGA